GAAGAAUCCAGCGGCUGAAUUUCAAUACAGUUAACCGGGACUGAAAGGAAACAUGCUGGAAUAUAAAUCAUAUGGCUCAUUUCAAACUCACCUCAACUGGUAUUCACAUCGGAGAUGGAUGUAAUGACAUCAAGCUGGUGUGAUUCCAGAAAGUCUAAUGGAUAGUCCCUAACAGGAGGAAUGUGUCCUUUAUAACAAGUGUGUGGUUGCCUUAGAGGAUCUGAUAUCUGAUCACCUUUGAACUCUUUGAGGACAAAAUUGAAAUAUGGCACAGUCUCUGUAGAAGUGAAAUAACUAAUAGACAUCAUCAAUCAACAGGGUGUAAGCAUCACAUCCUAAAUACAGAAGAUCCCUGCAAUAUAACAAUCUUCAAUUGCAAAGCAGUAGCCAUGGCAACCAAAUAUAAAGUUCAAUGGAAACAAGAAGCCAUGGAAACCACAAACCCUGUUUGGCACCUGUUUUUGACCCCAUGGAUUAUUUUGGCUGGAGUUUUACAAGCAACUGUGGCAAAUGAAUAUGAUAUCACAGCGCGCAUCAGUUUCCCAUACAAUGCAGAAGGGCGAUCAGUGAGAGUGUUCUCGGUAGAUGGUGUAUAUAACUAUUCAACCCUUCUGCUGAUCCCAGAGGAACACAAGCUCUACGUGGGAGCCAGGGAGAACAUAUUCUCUCUCAACUUGGACAACAUCAGCGCAGCGUAUCUACAGAGAACACUCACUUGGAGCACUCCAGAACAGAAGAGGAAAGAGUGCAGCUUCAAGGGAAAGGACCCUCAGACUGACUGUUUCAACUACAUCAAGAUUUUACUUCCUCUGAACAGCACACAUCUGUAUGUGUGUGGAACAUAUGCCUUCAGCCCCACCUGCGCUUAUAUUAACAUUUCAAGUUUCUCCCUGGAAAGAGAUGAACAGGGUGAGCAUGUUAUGGAGGAUGGACGUGGACGCUGCCCUUUUAAUCCAGAAUAUAAAUCUGCCGCUACUAUAGUGGACGGGGAGCUGUAUACUGCUACUGUCAGUAACUUCCAGGGAAAUGAACCCACCAUAUAUAGGAGUCUUGGGUCUGGCACUCCUCUCAAAACCGAAAACUCUCUCAACUGGCUCCAGGAUCCAGCAUUUGUGGCCUCCGCUCAUAUAACUGGUAUAGACAACGACAGGGGUGAUGAUCAGGUCUACUUUUUCUUCAGUGAGAUGGGGAAGGAGUUUGACUUCUUUGAUAGCACCAUAGUGUCCAGGAUUGCACGUGUGUGUAAGGAGGAUCAGGGUGGGGAGAGAGUCUUGCAGAAGAAGUGGACCACAUUUCUGAAAGCUCAGCUCUUGUGUUCUCUACCGAAUGAUGGCUUUCCUUUAAACAUCAUCCAGGAUGUAUAUGUGCUUUCAGCACAACACAAGAAAGACACUCUCCUCUAUGCAGUUUUCACUUCUCAGUGGAGCAAAGGUUUGGCAGGCAGUUCGGCUGUGUGCGUGUUCAGCAUGGAUCAGGUUGAGAAAGCUUUUAGUGGCCGUUACAAAGAAGUCAACAGAGAGACACAGCAGUGGUACACACACACUCACUCUGUACCUGAACCACGACCUGGAAUGUGUAUUACUAAUGCUUCAAGGCAGCUGGGAAUAGAGUCGUCCCUAGAUAUGCCAGAUAAGGUACUAAACUUUGUUAAAGACCACUUCCUGAUGGACAAUCCAAUCAAAAGCCAGCCUGUGCUGUUCACAAACUCUGUACAGUACACACAAAUCGCUGUGCACCGCGUACAAGGCCUCCAAAGGGUUUACGAUGUGAUUUUCAUUGGGACAGAUAAUGGACGUUUGCAAAAGGCUGUGAAUGUGGCUGGUACAAUGCACAUUAUUGAGGAGAUCAGUUUGUUCCCAGAGCCACAACCUGUACAACACAUUGAGCUGGACUCAACAAAGGGUUUAUUAUUUGUGUCGUCACACUCUGGUAUUGUGCAGCUGCCAGUAGCAAACUGCAGUUUCCAUAACAACUGUGGGGAGUGUAUUUUAGCCAAAGACCCAUACUGUGCCUGGACUGGCACACAUUGCACUGACGUCACACGCACCCCACCACAAACCAAUUGGCAGCAGGACAUUGAGGAAGCAGACACUUCAUCAAAAUGUAACAGCACCAAGUUCAAAGCUGACUUUGAGAGCAAAGUGUUACUGCACGUGUUCCCAAGUUCCCAAGCAUCUGAUUGUGAGCAAAUCAUCAUCCCUGCUAACACUCUUCAUCUACUGCCAUGCAAGCUUCGCUCCAACCAUGCCCACAGAAAAUGGUUAUACAAGCCAGAUGUAGGUCACUUCCUGUUCCGCAGCCCAGAUGGUGGAUUGGUAGUCAGUGGCCGAGCAGGCAGUGAAGAGGUCUUCUCGUGUUGGUCAGAGGAGCAUGGCUUUUGGCAACUCUUGGCCAGUUAUUGUGUUAUGGUGGAGCCUUUAUCUGAGUCUACAACCAAUAAAGUUUGGAUAGAUGCACCUCUGAUAUUCCAGGAUGUAUCAUCAGACAUCCUUUCCGGUGAAUCGGAACGCUCUGCUCAACAACGUGUAAAGACAUAUGGCACGGAGCUGGCAGUAGUGUGUGUGUUGCUAGCCAUGUGUGUGCUUUCGUUUGGACUGUCCUGGUUAUACCGACACAGGGGCUGGAUGAAGGAGGUGCUGAGGGGGGGAGAGCAGACUGGAGGAGCUCAGAAGAGCACAGUCAAGCCUGGGGAGAGUUUUCCACUGAAUAGUGGUGUGCUACCAACCUCCCCAUCAGACCACAAAAGCUACCAGACCUUGGAGGAAAACUGUGGCUACAUAAUCCCUCCAUCAGAUACUACCAGCACAAAUGCAUUAACGCAGCACAACACCAAAGAAGCACAGACACUCAACCAAGCACCGCAGAGUGGGUUCCAAGAGAGUCAUGUGGAGUUCAAUGACAUUUGCCCUCGCCCACGGGUCCGGCUGGGCUCUGAGAUCAGAGACUCUGUGGUGUAGAGUACACUUUUUAUCACUCCUAGCUGAGAAUUACACACAAAUACCAUGCAACACACUUAAUGUUCAUAUGGUUCAGUCAAUUGGCAGCUUUCAUGAGAAUGUGAGCGAAUCAAGGAACAGAGAGGAAGUGCCACUAUAAGUCAGAGGUGCUUCAGAGGCAAUCUCUCUAAAGAGUUGUACUCAUGUGUGUUGCCAAAUGUUUUUUAUUUGAGACAAUGCCCUCAACUUCUACCCCUAAAUCAGCUCCUUGACUCUUUUCUGUUAUUUUUUAAUUAAUCACAGAGUUGAUUGCAUUAAUAUGAGGUAGAUAAUCAUGAAACAUUAGAUAUGAUUUCUGAGAGGAAAACAUGAGGAAGAGUGGAGAAGAUGAGGGAACAGAAUCGAGAUGGGACCAAUUAUUGCAUAACUGGUGCUGGUGCUAAUAUCACUGCCAAACAAGAGUAAUGAUGCUGCACAACUUGGCAUCAAAUCCAUAAGGUUGUGCCAUAUGUCUGUUUGCAUUACUUUGCUAUUUUCCUGCUAAGGUGGAGUGCAUGUGUGUUCAUGUUUGAAUCUUUUAACCAAAUGGGAAAUUACUGACAGCUGAAACAGUAUGAAACCCUUAGCCCAUUCGCUCCACUUACAUAUUAUACCUGCACUGAACACCAGGCAGUUCAAAGCAACGAGCUUGUUAGCAUCACCAAACUUGGUUACUUCCUCAUAAACAUUAAUUGUCUUUUUAGUGGGGGGUGUCCCCACUAAAGCAAUUUCUAAGCAAUUUUGUGAAUUAGUAGGUUAGUGUUUUUUGUUCUGAUUCAAAUGCAUCAUAAAAGUCUUCAUGUUAGUAAAGUGCCUGGUGUAAGAUGGUGGUAUGAGGUGUAUGGAAACAUUAGAUGUGUAAUUAAUCAAAGAAUGAAUAACGACAAGGUUUCUUGAUACCUUAAAAUGUGCAUUUGAAGAGUUGUAUGAAAAUGUAUAACACAAGUCAUAGACAAAUGAUGUAUUGCAAUACACAAACAGGCUAUGGAUAAUUGUGUUCGGUAAAGCAUAGUGCUGUGGAUGUGCACAGUUAAAACAAUAACAAAACAAAACAAAAAAAGACGAUACUGUAUAAUAAUGCAGUAUAAUAGAAUGUAAAGAGUCAGAAAAGAGCAGUCAAAUUACAUGUGGGUGCAGUGGACAACAGGUACAGGUGGUGAAAUCUCUGAUUCCAGUGGUAAAAAGCAGCAAAUCUGUUUUAUCAUUAAAAAUAACAAUUUUAAACUUACUACACAUGCCCUCUCUCACACAAACACAUCCAUGCACUAACUAUUUUCAUCCUUGCUCAUAAAAACUUCCAUUCCACUUAAGCAAAACUCUGUAUAACCUCUAUUAACUUAACUGUGAAAUGUUUGAUGUGGUUUAAUUGUACUACAUUCCACUCUCUUUUCAGCUCACAAUUGUGUAUUGAAGGACAAAUGUGCAUUUAGAUUGUGAUCUUUUAUACUAUAUUGAUACUGUUUUGCUGUUGUGUUUUACAUUGUACAUUCGAGCACUUUAUUUUAUUCUUAUCAGUAUUUGCAAGCUGUAGAUGUGGUACGUCACUGUCAGUAUCCUGGGAUAGUAUUGUAAGGUUUGCAUAUUAUUGGAGUGGUGAAUGAUCAUUGAGUAGACCUGAAUGAGUGCGGUCUCCAUAGUUUCAAGUGCAAAAUAAAGUUUUGCAUAAGUUUAAAUUGUCAGUCUGAAUAUCUUCAAAAUAAGGAGAGACCAAAAUGUGAUAUGGAUAGUUAUGGGCAAUUUUUGAAAAAUAAGAUCUUAAAUAAUACCAACAACAUAUUGCUUUGUAUGCAUCUUAAUUGUCAUGACUGUCUUGAACCAAACUGAUCCUAACAUGAUCAACCCCUAUACCUUCACUUAAAACCUAAGGACCAUGGACAGCAAUAUGCAAAGUUUAUAAGGACUUGCAUUCUAAGAAGUGAGUUUUAAGUAAUGAACAAAGCUUUGUAAAGACUUGUUAAUAUAACAGACUCAAACAGGGAUUUAUAUAAGAGGACUAUCUAUUAUGAACAGAAGAGCUUCAAAUACAAAAAAAAAAAUUAACUAGACAUUGAGCAAUGAGAUUAUUAAAAUGAUAGUAAUAUGAUUACUAUAAAACAUAUUUUUGUAUAUAGGUUAACACAGUAGUAUGGCCCAAUCUGAAUUUCUUCUUUCUCUCUUAAAGGAAUAUUCCAUGUUCAAUCAACAGCAUUUGUAGCAUAAUAUUGAUUACCACAAAUAUUACUGUUGACUCAUCCCUCCUUUUUUUUUUUUUUUUUUUAAUAGUACAAAUCUGGGUUACAAUGAGGCACUUAAUAUAGAAGUGAAUGGGGACAAUCCAUAAACAUUAAAAUACUCAUAUUAAUAUGCAUAUGCAUAUUAAUAUGAAUAUGCAUAUUAACAUGAUUUUAGUGUGAUAAAAUCACUUACUAACCUUUUCUGUGUUUAGUCAAUUUUACAUCUUUGUUGCCAUUGAUGAUGUAAUUUCAACAAACCCUAAAAUUACUGCAAAAAUCAAAUAUAUAUAUAUAUAUAUAUAUAUUUUUUACAGAAGAAUGAAAGCACUUUUAUAAAAUUAGAAGCUUCACAUUUCAGUCUUUAAACCCUCUAAAAAUUGGCCCCAUUCACUACUCACCAACUGUAACAGAUUUUAGCUUCUUUUUUUUAACCUUUGUAUGGGAUUGGGGUCAAAAAUGACCCUUUCUGAGCUUUGCUUCUUUACAAAACAUGGUUUCCUUCAUCUCAGCGGCAUUACCUAUCUACACACACACACACACACACACACACAAAACUGGGCUGGAUUCUGUUGGUGCGGUUGUGUGAAAAAAAGAAAGUACCUUUCAUGUUGUUUGGGGUCAAUUGGAAAUGAAUGGGAAAGAGGAUUAAACAGAGGGGUUUUAUUUGUAAAAUAAAAUUAUUAAAUCCACCACAAUGCAGAACACACACAAACAGAAAUAAAGGGGUGGUACUAUAACACAUUGCAGAAUGCAUGUGCUCACACACACAGAAAUUAAUUAAAAAAAGGAAAAGGUGUCAAGUGUGUCCCCGUAAAAAAAGAUGUGAAUGGCAGCAUAUGCACAAAAAAAAAACAUGUGGAGGCUCACACCUUUUUCAUGACCUUCAGCCAGAUGUGCGUGAACUUGUGAAAAAAAGACUAUGAUACUUAGUAUCAUUCUCACUGUUCUGGUUAAUUUUUUAUUGUUUUUUUUUUUUUACCAUGUUUCUUUUAAUAAAUAAUUUGAUGUUGCUCUUUAUUGCCAUUCAGUUGUCUGAAUGUUCUGAAUUUUAAUGCCUGCAAAAAUGCCAAGUUUGCUGUUGCAAAAUGUUAUUCUAGUACCAUGUUCACUCCUGUUAAUUUACAUUUAUUGCUGUUGGUUUUAUUGACGUGCUUUAUUUCUUCCCAUUACCUUAAUGGAUUAUUAAAUUGGAAUGUCUGAAAGGUGACAAAAAUCUUACUCUAUGUCUUGUCUUUGUAGUACCAUAGUAUGUACUGUAAUUAUGUAUGGGGCAUCAUAUCUAAAUUUAUAUCCAAACACAACUUGUUUAAGAACUAAAAACAAAUCAGAUUGCUACAACCUAUGGCUGGAAUGGACCUUUGCUGCCAGAUGCUUGUUAUAUAUUAUAAUUUAACUUAAUUUAACUUAAAAUUAACUUUUUUUUUAUUAUUGAAAAUGUUACCCUCCCCCCAAAAACAUUUAAAAAAACAUUUAGAGCGUUUAAAUAUUGAAGAAAGAGAUAUAACAUUUGUUUAAAAAAUAUAAUUUCGCUACAAUCACACCGUUAGUGUGUGGGAUAAAAAUUGACCCCCAUACCUAAAACAAAUGGAGACAA